AUAUACCUGUUUCAUUCAUACGACCAUGCAGGAGUGCUAGGGGAAAUUAUUAAGAACAAAAUUCGUAGUUUUACCUUACAGGUAAAUACCUUCUUCUUGAUUUUGGCAUUAUGUAGAGCUCUUCACAAUUCUUGUGGUCAUUGUCUCGAAGUACUAGUACUUGUUUUACCAAAAAUAACGAAAUACAUGGUGAAGGAAGGAAAAAAGUACAUUAAGCAGCUUAGAGAAGAGGACACUUUUUAAAGCCCAAGAAAAUACUGUAGUUCGUUUACAUUAUCCAAGUAAAGAUGACAAUAACUUACCAGUACAGGGUUGCUAACACGACCCUGGGAGGCUUCGUGAAGCUGUUGGGGAUGUGGAGGGGGAGUGUCUACAAGCUUGUGUAUAAAGAAAUGAUCAUCUUCUCCAGUCUGUAUGCGGCCAUCAGUCUGAUUUAUAGGCUAGCUCUUAACGAGGAACAAAGAGUAAUCUUUGAGAGCAUUGCUCGUCACUGUAACAACUUUACUAGUCUGAUCCCGGUGUCCUUUGUUCUUGGUUUCUACGUCACAAUGGUGGUGGGCAGGUGGUGGCAACAAUUCAGAAAUGUACCGUGGCCUGACAGAACCCUGUACCUGAUGUGCUGCUAUCUCCAGGGAAAGGAUGACAAGCCCCGAAUAAUCCGGAGAACUGUAGCCCGUUAUAUGAUGUUUGGCCUCAUUUUAAUCUGUCGGUCUAUCAGUGUAGCCGUUAUGAAGAGGUUCCCAACUCUAGAUCACAUUGUUGAGGCAGGUUUUAUAACAAGCGAAGAAGCCAUUAUGUAUGAAAAAGUAGACUGUAAAUAUAACAAAUUUUGGGUACCACUCAUGUGGGCAAACGCAGUUUUAUCACACGCACGGAAAGAGGACUACAUUAAAACUGACUGGGGACUCCGAAUGGUCAUUGAGUCAAUCGCCGAUUUUAGAGAUAGAUGUUCGUUGUGUUUUGUGUACGACUGGAUAACAAUACCAUUAGUCUACACACAGGUUGUGACGCUUGCAGUUCACUCUUUCUUCCUCACGUGCUUGAUAGCGCGCCAGUUUCUGGAUCCAACUAAGCGCUACCCAAACUAUGAGUACGAUAUAUACGUACCCAUAUUCACACUCCUAGAAUUCUUCUUCUACAUGGGUUGGUUAAAGGUUGCUGAACAGUUGAUCAAUCCUUUUGGCGAAGAUGAUGAUGAUUAUGAUAUUAACUGGCUCUUAGAUAGACACUGGGCGGUAGCUGUCACACUCGUUGACGAGAUGUGUGGCGAUUUCCCGCCAUUGAUUAAAGACGUCAACUUUGACGAAGGUGUAAUCGAAUUACCGUAUACCAAUGCAUCACUCGCAUCUAAGAAGCCAAUGUUCCUUGGUUCAACAUACAAUUUAUCGACUGUUCCUCUCCAAGACCAACGCAUUAUCCAUCCAGAUGAAAUGGUGGACUACAACGAUAACCAUAAUCGUCGGCCGUCUGUGUUCAGCAACAACUUUGCAGGGUCCAUGCUAAGCCUUAUCAGUGGAAAACAACACUCAAAAUACGGUGAUCAACUAAGCAUCCCAUCGCGGCGUUUCUCUUCUCACCUAAAUCCACACAUGGACCAUCUUCAUUAUCCUGAACAGGCAAAAAGAACCCAUUCAGUGAUAGGAACAACAGAGAAACCAAAGAGAAAAAUUUCAUUCGGGGUGUCCGAAGCUCGCAGAGGAUCUGCAUGGUCGUCUGACACCCGACUCAAUCAAGCAGAUCAGGAUUGGCAGGCAAGGUCACGUGCCAAUACAACCGGCAAUGAACCAGAAGACAUCCCUGUUGACAAGAAUCAAAGGAAAAGAAAAAGAAGUUUUCCAUUAAGUUUUUUGUUCAAACUGGCAGACUCCAGAAAGAAUUCUUCAGGUUCCCUUGGUUCUUCGAAAACUGUGAGAUUACGUGACGCUAACGAAGUGGAUGCAGAUGCAACUCCAGAAUAUGUUCCAUUAAGAAGAGCCACGACUAUUGGUCCGUUUGCAAAAAAGAACUCUAUAGACCAAAGAAUGAAUGAUAGGAGAAGGAAAAAGAGUGCUCCUUUGUCCAUAAUGAAGACUCAGUAUGAGGAAGAUAUAGCAAAUAAUGACUCUACUGAUUCACUUCCUUCCAAGCUAAAUAGCCCAGCCACCAGGCAUAAAGCUUCAAGGUUGCGUAGGAAAAUGUCUCUAGACAGCAAAUUGUUCACUAUAGAACAAGUGCCAGAUGACGUUCCUAUAGACGAAGAAUCAAUUUCAGUUCAUCAGAGAAAUGCUCAGAAAAUAAAAGACUCCAUGAGCGGUAAAAAUAUUUCUCGUGCUCCGAAUUUGUCCGCCAUUGAAGAAGGCGGGACAAUUACCAGCAUCACGCAGCUUUUACCGGAAGAUGACGCAGUUCCUACCCCGGAUGUUAUAGAGGAAGUACCAGAGGAGAACAUGCCCACAGAAGUUUUUAUUGACGACAACAGGGAAAAAGAAGAAGCAAAACCACUGUUAGAUAGACCAAUACCAAAAAUUGUGAUAGAGGAAUGGUGAUUUAAGAACUGUAACCCAUAUUUUGUUAAUUGUGUAUAUCACUUGCAUUUAAUUUCUGUAUCAUAUGAUUUCCACAGAGGUACCAGUUUUGUAGAGAAGGAUAAGGAUAAGGAUUUUCUCCAUGGUCACCUAUUUUCUUCAUAUAAUUAGGAGUCCCUUGGCUUCAAGAAUGUCAAAUUUAGCAUAAAAUCUUAUAUAGUUUGAUAAUUCAUUCAUUAAGAAAUUGAAGUAAGGCCAUGCCUCACUGCAGGUUUAUUGAAGAAUGUCACACACACACACCCUCACUCUAAAGCACACAUCUAUUUUUCAUGGAAUUUAUAAAGUAAUAGAAGAAAUAAUGCCAUUGCAGUUAAAAAUCUGAAACACUCAUUUACAAUUUUAUGAGCCCUGACUAUUGGUAUGUGAACCUGAAGAAGACAGACAUAGGACAUACCUUAAUCUGCAUACAUCUCUAGUCUAGAGGAAAUGUGCAAUAUAUAGUUACAGGUUUAUUCAUCAGAUUUAUGUCAUGCCUCCUUCAGAAUGUUAAAUUGUAUAUCAGUAUUCUUCAGGAAAAAGAAUUUGUUUUUCUUAGACUUGUGGAAAGACUUCAGAAGAAUAACUUUAAAAUGUAUGAUUGACAAGUGUUUAUGUACAAGCAACUGCUUUAUCUUGAUUAUUCUCAUUCU